AUGAGGUUCGGCGAGCACCUUCAAUCGUCUAUGAUUAGGGAGUAUUACCCCUUCUACAUUGCCUACGACGAGCUCAAGAAAGCUCUCAAGACCGAUUUUGUCACCGAGCCCACCCCGGAUACUGCCAAACCGCCCCGUCGAGAAUGGACUGAAGAAGACGAGAAGGCCUUUGUUACGCUGCUGGAAAGCGAGCUGGAAAAGGUCUAUAUCUUCCAGAAGCGCAAGAGUGAAGAAAUUGUUCAGCGCAUCAAGACUAGCGAUGUUGAGGUUACCGAUAUUGUCGAGCGUCUUGAUAACUCGGGUAAUCGCCGUCCGAGCAUCAUUCGUCCUCCCCGACCGCCCCCCACCGACGAGGACUUUUUGUUGAUGGAGCAGAUCCUCAGUGAUAUUAUUGCCGACGUUCACGAUUUGGCCAAAUUUACUCAGCUCAAUUACACCGGUUUCCAGAAGAUCAUCAAGAAGCACGACAAAGAGACACAAUGGCAUUUGCGACCAGUCUUCGCUGCCCGCUUGAACGCCAAGCCGUUCUUCAAGGACAACUAUGAUGCGUUUGUCGUGAAACUGUCUAAGCUUUACGAUUUGGUCCGUACCAAGGGAAACCCUGUGAAAGGUGACUCGUCAGCCGGUGGCAGCCAACAGAACUUUGUGCGACAGACCACAAAGUACUGGGUGCACCGCGACAACAUCACCGAGCUUAAGCUGGUCGUCCUGAAGCACUUACCGGUCUUGGUCUUCAAUGCCUCCAAGGAAUUCGAGGAGAAGGACACCGCCAUCUCCUCAAUUUACUAUGACAACCCUGACACCUGGGAGCUUUACCAAGGUCGAUUGAAGAAGACCGAAGGUGCUGAGGCUAUUCGUCUGCGUUGGUACGGAGGUAUGGAGAGUGACCAGAUCUUCGUGGAGCGCAAGACCCAUCGCGAGGAUUGGACUGGUGAGAAGUCGGUCAAGGCCCGAUUCUCGCUAAAGGAGAAGAACGUCAAUGCUUUCCUGGAUGGCCGCAUGACUGUCGAACAGGUCUUCGACAAGAUGCGCAAGGAGGGUAAGAAGAGCCAAGCAGAGAUCGACGACCUCGAGCAGCUGGCCCGUGAGAUUCAAUACCGUGUUAUCACCCGUCGCCUGGUUCCUGUCACCCGUACCUUCUAUCACCGUACGGCCUUCCAGCUCCCUGGUGAUGCCCGUGUGCGUAUCUCGCUUGAUACUGAGUUGACGAUGGUCCGCGAGGAUAACUUGGAUGGCCGCCCCCGCGCUGGAAGCAACUGGCGCCGCAUGGAUAUCGGAGUGGACUUCCCCUUCUCUCAGCUUCCCCCAGAGGAUAUUGACCGCUUCCCCUACGCCGUGUUGGAGGUGAAGUUGCAGACCCAGGCUGGCCAGGAGCCACCCCAGUGGAUUCGCGACUUGACCGCUAGUCAUCUGGUGGAGGCUGUCCCCAAGUUCUCCAAGUUCAUUCACGGUUCCGCUACGCUUUUCCCCACUCGCAUCAACCUCCUACCCUUCUGGUACCCACAGAUGGAUGUCGACAUCCGCAAGCCCGUCAACCAGCGCUAUGGUAUUCAGCGUCCGCUUGCCAGCACAUCCAUGUCUGCCAACGACGAAGAUUCCGACGACGAGUCUCCGGACACUCCCCGUGCCCCAGGUAACGGUUUCCCUCCAGCAGGCGAUGAUCGCCUUCUGUUCAUCGAGACAAACGGUAACGAGUUGGACAUUGAGGAGCGUAUUGCUGCUCGGCCACUAGCGGGAGAGGAGGACUACCCGCUAUAUGAUUCCGAUGAUGAGGAUGAGGCCUGGGAUGAUGAGCUGGAAGAGGCUCGACGCGUUGGAGGCGCUUAUUAUGCCGAGCAACUAGUCCUCUAUUACCUCCGCCAAUCCGGACACUACGCUUGGCAAGGCUUGAUGGCUAUCAUUCCACGUCCACGACCGACCUCGAUGCCCCCGCAAGAGCAGCGUGGAAUUGCUGUGCUACAAGGUACCCGCCGGACCCUGCAGCGAUUCCAGGCACCCCCUGGCAAACGCAUCUUUGUCCCCGUCCGUGUUGAACCCAAAGUUUACUUCGCUGCUGAGCGAACUUUCUUGUCUUGGUUGGAAUUCUCGAUUAUCCUUGGUGGUAUUGCUGCCACCCUGCUGAACUUUGGAGUUGAUUACAUUUCCCUUGCCUCUGCCUGGGGCUUCACUAUUCUGGCUGCCGCCGCCUUGGUAUACAGCUUGGUACUAUACCUGUGGCGUGUGGAUAAGAUCCGCAAGCGCCGCGAUGUCAAGCGUGUAUACUAUGAGCGAUGGGGACCCACAAUUCUCAGCAUUGGCCUUGUUGCUAUUGUUAUGACGAACUUUGGAUUCCGCAUCCGUGCUGGUGGCUUCAUGGCUGGUGCUGGAGACCAGAAGAACCCUCGCCACGGCGAGCUGUAA